GGUGGAGGGUGGAGGGAGGCCCUCAGAUACUUUCUGGUGGAGACAGGCCCUCAGAUACUUUUUGAGCAAGCGUCGUCGUCGUGGCGGUGAAGCGCAAAGAAAACGAGCAGUCUGGAGGACCGGUAGAAGAUACAUCGCGGGGCACAAAGACAGCAGCAGGGAAGAACACACCGUACGCCACGGAGAUCGAUCAAGCCGUGUAUCAGGCCCGACAAAUGGAUGCCCGAGCGCCUUGGGAGAAGGAGGAAAAGCCGAAGCCAAGUGGCAGGAUGGCUCAGCGCAUUGAGCAGAAGGUCAAGCCGCCUCCUUAUGCAACCUCCUUGGACUCCCCUCCCGCCGUCGUGAAGGCCGUCCCUGCCAAACCCGGUGCCACGUGUGGCGUUGCCCGAUCCCCAGGCCCGGUUUCCACCGUGGCGGCAAAGACCAGCGCGCCGUGGGACAGAGAUGAGAACCGCUUCCGCUCCAGAAUCGGGGUCGUUCCUGGUACCUGGUCCAAUAUCGCGCCGUAUGCAACAGAUAGGUCGUCAAGGCAAUCGACCACCAGUCCGGCGAAGGAUUAAUUAAGUAAUCAGUCGGUGAAAAGCGCGGGAGAGGUGAAAAGCGCAGAAGAGGUCAAAAGCACAGCAGGAGAGGUGAAAAGCACAGCAGGAGAGGUGAACAGCACAGCAGGAGAGGUGAAAAGCGCGGGAAAGGUGAAAAGCGUGGGAAAGGUGAAAAGCGCGGGAGAGGUGAAAAGCGCGGGAGAGGUGAAAAGGCGCGGGGGAAGCCAACGAGUGUAGGUACGGGCGGUGGGACCUGUGAUGAUGAUGUGUCGUGGAUCAUAGAAGCCAGGAAGGUAAUUAGCGAUGGGAGGAGAUAUGUGACAAGCAUGGAAGUAAAAGCGCGGGAGAGAGGGAGAACGGCGGGAAGGGAGAGAUGCAGAGUGGCGGCGGGAUAGCGGAGGAGAAAGGAGGGAUGAAGAGUGGCGGGAAAGCGGAGAGCGUAGGAGAAGGGUGAGAUGGAGGACUGGCGGGAAAGCGGACGACAACGGAGGGAUGGAAAUUUGCGGGAAAGAAGGAAGGCGGGAGGGACUUGAGAGUGGCUGGAAAAUUGACACACAUACGCACACGACUUAUUUUUAGGAUGCAUCGAUAAAACGGCUGGAGCUGGAGAAUGGCGGGAAAUGGCAAAGCGAUGGAGAGAAUGGCGGGAAAAUCUCACACGCAUACUCACGAACGCACAUACUUGCAUUCAUUCUUACGGACAUACACCCACCCACCCACCCACCCCCUUCCCCACACACAGAGAGAGAGAGAGAGAGAGAGAGAGAGAGAGAGAGAGAGAGAGAGAGAGAGAGAGAGAGAGAGAGAGAGAGAGAGAGAGGAGUUUGAUGUGACAAAAGCUGUAUGAUCUAAUUUGGAUUGCCGAUAAGGUACACUCACAGUGACUUGCCACAUACGCUGGCAGUUUCCCGCCGUCAGGCGCCGUUCAUGGGUAGUAGAGGGCAGGGGGGAGCGAGCGGAUUGGCGGGUGAAAUUGCCAUCCUAGUGUGUGUAUAGCGCUGGGACUUUUCCAUUCGGUUUUCUUGAUUAACUUGUAUUAUUCUACUGUCAAGCCUGGUCUACAAUACUUACUUGGUUUCCAUUGCAUUUCUUUUUGUGAUGACGACUGUUCGAAUCCUGCCUGGUUUUGCGCUACUUCUGUGCGUUAGAAGUGUAACUCGUUGUGGUGAUAGUAAACGUAUCGGACAGCC